AUGGCCGCCCUCCGCCUCGAGGACGAGGACGACGCCUUCACGGCCGCGCUGUGCUUCGUGGACGAGUUCAUGACGGCGGGCACGGACGAGGCCGCUCUCUCUCUGGCGCUUGAGGGGCUGCCGGGCUCCGGGGCCAAGGCCUGCAAGACGUCGCGCAGCAGCACGCGCAACCGGGUGCGCGACCAGGAGCGCCGGGAGCUGCUGUACCUGAGGGAGAAGGUGGCGGACAUGCAGCAGAAGCUGCAGGCGCUGCAGAAGACGCGCAUGGAGGAUGAGGAGGCUCCUGCGGUGUGGAAGGAGAUGGCGAGUCAUCAGCUGGAGCAGAGACUCAAGUCGGAGAGGGAGAACCGACAGCUCAAGGUCGUGCUCGAGGGACAGAUCAAGAUUGCCAAGAGCCUGGAGAAGCUGCUGCAGGCGCGCGCUACGACGAAUGCGAUUGAGAGCUGUUUGGGGGACGGUCAGAGGUUGAAGAGGAUGCACAUGUCCAAGCCCGAUCGCUCCGACGCGAGUAUCUUCAACGAGUUGAUGGACGGAAUCGAUGCGGCGUACAAAGAGGUGGACACGGUGUUCCACGACAACGGUCUGGACACGAAGGAGUCGUCGUUCAGUGAUGCCGAGAUGCACGAAGGAACAGACGGCGUGUACAUGAAGAUCUUCGCGAGCAAGGUGCUACCAUUUGAUGUGGCGUCCACGGGUACAGCGGCGUGGCGAUACUUCAAGCGGUCGCUGGAGCACAUGCCGUUCCGAUUCCUGUAUCACAAGGACCUUCAGAACAUGGAGACGACAGAGGACACGAUCAUCGAGAGCUUCGGCAUGGAGUUACACGCGAAGGGCACGCAGGCCGACUACCGCGUGAAGCAGAUUGUCCGCCGAUAUAUCGAGGAGUCCCGUGUCGUGAUCGUAUGGCGAUCCUACAUCGACCCAGUGAGUUUCGCCGGCAACCCAGUCCGUGGCGCGGAGUUCCAGGAGAAGGGGUACCUCGUGGUGCGUCGUCCUCGAGCCAUGUCUCCGCGGUUUGCACUGCUGCAAACGUGCUACCUGAUCUCACCCGCUCUGCCCAUUCGCUCGCUCUCGGACGAACGCGCAGUCACAGGCGAGCUCACGGACUUUGUGCUCAGCGGCACAGAAGCCAAUGUGGCCUCGUGCCACCAGAUGAUAGAGAACAUUCUGUUCAACGAGGCGAUGAAGGCGCACAGCAACAAGUAG